UCGCACGCGCGCGCGCGCCGUGAGAAUGACGUGGGAAGGCGGAAAUGGGCGAGGCCGUUUGUAAUUUUGGCGCGAGGGAGCGGGCGGUUGAAGCUUCCGUGAGGGCUUCGCGCGCGCCUUGACAGACAAGGGGAGGAACAAAGCCACACCUGGGCGACGGGACUGAGGGAAGAAAAGGCUGCUGCAUCUGGGAACUCACGAAGGGGGCGAUUCUUCUUUCUGUCACGCAGAGACCCAGUUCUUGGGGGCUUAGAAGGAUCUGAAGAAGAAAAAGAGGGAGACAUGCCAGUACCUCUUGACUCUGCAGGGGCUGAGUCCCAGACAAGCCACACUCCUCUGCCAGUGCCUGCCUUCUUCCGGGAAGCAGAAUGCAGUUUUUCAGCUAAGAGAGCCCGUCAGCCACUUAGCUAUACCCUCCCUCCACGACCACGCCACAAGAACACGCUAACCGUGAGCCGGAUUUUUUCUGACCGCCGGCUGCAGCCAUGGACCAAGCUUCAGCCACGUAGUGUUUCCUUUCAUGGUGCACAGAAGCAACAGUCACCCCUUCAUAGUCGCCUAUAUGAUGCCUCCAAAAGAGAGCUGUUUUUCAGGCAAUGUUUUGAACAGCUGAGUCGUCUUGGGCGAGGAUCUUUUGGUGAAGUGUACAAGGUGCGCUGUAGGGAGGAUGGACAGUUGUAUGCUGUGAAGCGUUCUGUGGAGCCAUUCCGAGGUGAGGGUGACAGGCAGCGCAAAUUGGCUGAGGUGCGCAAGCACGAACGUGUGGGGCACCAUCCCAACUGUGUGAGCUUUGUACAGGCCUGGGAGGAGCGUGGGCAGCUCUACAUACAGACGGAGUUGUGCCCAGGCAACCUGUUGCAGUACUGUGAGGAGUAUGGGCCACUGCCCGAAUGGCAAGUGAGAGCUUUCCUCUGGGACUUACUGCAGGGGCUGCGUCACCUACAUGACCACAACCUUUUGCACAUGGAUGUCAAGCCAGCUAAUAUCUUCCUCUCAUCCAGCAACAUCUGCAAGCUGGGUGACUUUGGGCUUAUGUUGGAGCUGCACUCUGGGGAUCUGAAUGAUGCUCAAGAAGGGGAUCCUCGCUACAUGGCACCUGAGCUGCUCCAUGGAGAAUACACCAAGGCUGCUGACGUCUUCAGCCUUGGCAUAACCAUCUUAGAGAUUGCCUGUAAUAUGGAACUCCCUAAUGGAGGUGAAGGCUGGCAACAACUGAGACAAGGCUAUCUGCCCCCUGAAUUUACCGCAGAUCUCUCUGCUGAGCUGCGAGCUCUCCUAGCUGCCAUGUUGGAACCCAACCAUCAGCUCCGGCCCUCUGUGGAGAUGCUGCUUGGUUCCAGCCUCAUGCAGAAGACUGAGAGAUGGCGGAAAUUGAUGUUGCUGGCACAAUCUGGGUUCCGGCAAGGACUUUCCAUGUGCAAGAUUCUCCUCAAGUUUAUGCAGUGGCUCUGGGGGGCUGUGUGCAGCCCAGCUCACUGGCUACUGUUUUGGCAUCAGAAUGUUCCAGUAACACCCCCACAUUCGCCCCUUGUUCUUCCCCUGGAAGACAGCAGCCUCUCUAGUGAUUGGGGUGAGGAAGAAGAUGAGGAUGAUGAAGAGAGCCUUGGUGGAGAUGUCUUUGAGCUAACAGAGAUAGCCAGGCGUCACAACAACACUUGCCCUGUGGAGUUGCAAUCUUCUGACAAAGAGCCUGGGUCCCCACUGCUGAACAUAUGCUCAUGUGCAGGAAGCACCUCCACCCCACGCCACCCCUCACCCCAGGAAACUGGUGGCAAGAAGAAUAGGUCUUUGACACUCCAAGGCAGCCCUAACCUCAGCCACAUCAAGUCUCCCAAUAGCAGCCAUACUGCAUCAGACUUGCAGCCUGUGAACAGCCUGCGUCGUACAUUGGCUUUUGAAGAUGAUGAGGAAUGGGAGGCAGUUGUUCCCCAGUGCUCCAGUCAGUGCUCUGCUUUUGAGCCAAAAAACCUGCUGAGCUUGUUUGAGGACUCCAUGGCAUCUGAGCAGAAGUGCCAGAGCUGACAGGAACUUCAUUUCUUUACUUACUGGUUUGCUUAGGCCCCCUACUGGAUACAGGGAGGAGCCCCUCCCAUUGAUACUACGCACAGGGCCAGUGUGCUCAGAGGGGCUGGGGCUGUGACAUAAAGCUUAAGGCUAGCAAAGGGGAGGCAGGACUUGUAGGGAUGCUUCUCUGUGCAUAACUUCUCUGCUUGAGCCCUAUAAGGACGAUGCUUUUGAGAUGUAGGUUUUUGCAUUCAGGAAUUUGAAUUGGUAUCUGCUGGCAGGCAGUGGAAAAUAGGAUAUACUGACAGAGGUCACGAGGGAAAGGGAUCCCUCUUUUAUAUGGGGAUGAAGGUUGAGUCUAAUGUACAUGUUUCCUUUUAAAGUUUUGUGUCCUCAUGUUUGUCUGCCAGGAAUGUGUUGACAUUCGUGGGGAACUGGCUUGGGGAAUGGAGACUAUUAACUUCCUUUCAUGCUAAGGUUUUACAAAGGUGGCAGCUGUAAGACUUGACAAUAAAAGCAUUUUGAAAUUUC